UCCCACACAGGAGUAUAUACCGCAAAACACAGAUUUUCGCCAUGUCCGCCGUUUUGUGGGUGUGUAUGUGUGGUGCCCUCUGGGUCCUGGUCACGACUUUGCCGGUACAACAGCAGUCUGUUCAGGACUGGGUGGAUCCAGUAAAUGAGCCAGUAGACCAGCAGAAGAGCUUCAUUCUACAACCAAAUGGGCUCCAAAACCAAAGGAAACAACAAAGUAGCUUGCCAAAAGCAAAUCCAUUUGCACACAAAAACAAUCUGAGACGCAUUGGUUUCCACAACAAAAAUAAUUUCGUUUUUCGUGAUCAACCAAUAUCUGUAAUUGGACCAGACGGGCAGGUAUACUACGUAGGUAACCAGCUCAGCCCAGCUAAAAACGUCCCAAAGACACCAUCUGUUGUACCACAGGCUCCCGUCACAGACAACACGGUUCCACUACCGUCUCUCGGUUUCGGAACUCAGCCAGAAAUGAUGCUCUCUCAUCCAGAACAGCCGAGUCAGGAAGCGCUCAUGUUGGACAACACUGAGACAAGUCCAGCCCAGUCUAUUUUAGAAGCCGAAAUACAGUCGUUACAGAGAAAGCUUCCGUUAGAACCAGCAAUUCCAGAUAUUUUGCAAACAGCUACAGUCAUGACAACGAAUAACGAUAACACAGGUAGUGAUGACGAUGAUGAUAUUAAGGAUGAUGACAUUAAUGAUGAUGACUCAAAUGAUGACGACGAUGACGAUUUAAAUGAUGAACACGAUGAUAAUGUAAAUAAUGACGACGAUGACGACAUUAAUAACGAAGACGAUGACGACGUCAACAAUGAAGACGAUGACGGCGUAAAUGCUGAAGACGAUGACGAGACAAAUAAUGAAGAUGAUGAUACAAAUAAUGAAGGUGUUGAUAACGUAAAUGCUGAAAACGAUGACGAUACAAAUAAUGAAGAUGAUGAUAACGAAAAUGCUGAAAACGAUGACGAUACAAAUAAUGAAGAUGAUGAUAACGAAAAUGCUGAAAACGAUGACGAUACAAAUAAUGAAGAUGAUAACAACGUUUAUACUGAAGACGAUGACGAUACAAAUAAUGAAGAUGAGGAUAACGUAAAUGCUGAAAACGAUGACGAUACAAAUAAUGAAGAUGAUAACAACGUUAAUACUGAAGACGAUGACGAUACAAAUAAUGAAGGGGAUGAUAACGUAAAUGCUGAAGACGAUGACGAUACAAAUAAUGAAGAUGAUAACAACGUUUAUACUGAAGACGAUGACGAUACAAAUAAUGAAGAUGAUGUUAACGUAAAUGCUGAAAACGAUGACGAUACAAAUAAUGAAGAUGAUAACAACGCUAAUACUGAAGACGAUGACGAUACAAAUAAUGAAGAUUAUGAUAUAAAUAAUGAAGACGAUGAUACAAAUAAUGAAGACGAUGAUAACGUUAAUGCUGAUGGCAAUGACGAUACGAAUAAUGAAGAUGAUGACGUAAAUACUGACACAAAUAAUGAGGAUGAUGACAACAAUGUCGAAGAAGGUGAUGAUACAAAUAUUGAAAACGAUGACGACGUAAAUAAUAAUACUGAUGAUAUAAAUGAUGACACUAAUACCGAUGAUGAUAACGACAUAAAUGAUGACAAUGGUGAUGUUAUGAACGAUGAUAUAGAUAAUGAAGACAUACACACAGAUAAUGAAGACAACGAUGAUGUAAAUGAUCAAAACGAAAACGACAAUGAAGAUGAAAACGAUACAACUGAGGAUGAUGCAAAUGAUUCAAACAACGAGCAGACAAAUGCUAUCACAGAAGCUGACGAUGACAUCGAUAACGACAACGAAGUUGAUGAUGUAACUGACGCGAAUAUAAACGAAAAUGACGGUGAUGACAAUAAUGAAGAUGAAGAGGAAAUUUUCCAGGGCGAUUUCAAUGAAAACACAGUUCCUUCUAUAGAAGAUAUAGAAGAUAUAGUAGACGUCGAAUCAAUAGAAAAUGACAUUGACGAAGAAAAAGACGCUUUUGAUGAUAACAGUAUUGAUGAUAAUGACGAGGACGACAAUGACGAGGAUGACAAUGAUGAUGAUGUUGAUGUAGGUGGCGAUGAUGAUGAUGAUGAUGAUGAUGAUGAUGAUGAUGAUGAUGCAAUAAAUCACUUUAAUGAAUUAAUCAAUUCAGCAGAUACAGACAACGACGAAACAAUUGAAAAUACUGAUAAUGUACAAUCAAACGAAAUCGGUAUAAACGACGACGACAAUGAUGAUGAUAACGACGAUGAUGAUGGUGAUGAUAACGAUGAUUAUGAUGAUGAUGAUGAUGAU